CUCUCUCAACCUUCAGAUCAGCACAUCCCACUAUGCUUUGCGAUAGUCUGACAAGUGGAUCCAAGAUGGCGUAGAAAGUAAAGCUAGAUGUUUUGUCCCUAAGUCAUGGCAGACAGGAGAGCGGAGAAGUCAUGUGAAGAAGCCAGCAAAUCGUUAGCCAGGCGGGAGUACGAGGCGGCAGUCACCCACAGCACGGACGCCCUGGUGGUCCUUGCACCCCAAACCUCGCCAUCCGGUGCCCCUGUACUGCCGAGCCCCCCCUCAGUGGCCGCCGCCGGACCGCUCCGCAGCCGCGCCCUGCUCUACCGAAUUGCUGCCUUCCUACAGCUGAAAAACUAUGAUGGAGCAGAUGAAGACUGCAAACAUGUUCUGGCAGAUGAGGUUGCUCGGGUUGAUGGUUCUCUACAGGCCAGUUUGGGCUCCAUGCUUUUGGAUGGCAGCCUGCAAGAGGUGGUCACGAUCCUAUCGAAGGCCUUGUAUGGAGAGCCAGUGAAUGGGAUCGUUACAAAAGACCUGACCCGAUUAAAAAUGCUCUUCUCCGAAAUCGAGGCAAUAAAAAGGGAGAUGCCACCCGAAUACACAGACGACCAGGACGAAGAAGUCCAAGAUGGCUGGCAGUACCGGCCUCCUCCCAGAGGGGUCACCAGCAGUGAGGAGUACACCCUCUGUAAAAGGUACUUGGAGCAAGGCCUGUGUCGGUACGGGGCCCAGUGUACGUCGGCCCACUCGCAAGAAGAGCUGAUGGAGUGGCAGAAGCGUUACGCCUCGCGACUCAUUCGCCUCAAACAGCAGCAGGAGAGCAAACACUUCACUGAGAACUACAUGGAAACCCUGAUAGAAAAGUGGAUGAACUCCCUUUCCCCGGAGAAAGUGUUAAGUGACAGUUUAGAAGGAGUGACUGUUGAAACCAGCUCCAACCUUUCUGUGACGGUCACCUCUAAAAAGUCCUCCCACUCCUGGAUCUUUUCCUUAUUGUGCAAGCCGGCCAGAAAGCUGUUCCGCAUUGCCUUGCUGUAUGAUGCCCAUCGGCCACACUUCUUCAUCACUGGCGUUUCGGCUGGGGACCGCCUCCAGACGGUUCCCAAAGGAUGCCAAGAGUGGACGCCAGGAGAGGAAUCAGCGGUUGGAGCCGACAAUGGUCUUGAUCAUUGCAUCUAUAAAGUCGCUGUGGGCUUCAGCACUGAGAUCUUCGGCACCUUCAGACAGACAAUCGUGUUUGACUUUGGCUCCGAGCCGGUGUUGAUGAAGAGGAUCAUGGUGGACGCUGCCUCGAUUGAAGACUUGGAACACCUAUUGGCUGCCAGGCAGCAGCUCCUGAUGACCGCCAAGCGCUGGGACUCUUCCUGUAAAACCAUCGUGGAAUUCACGCCCAAUGAAACCAUGGCCGACCUGGAGAGGAGCCUCCUCGCUCGCUACCAUAUACCUCUGUCAGCCGACCAGCUCUUCACCCAGUCGGUCAUGGACAAGACUCUAACCAAAGACAACUACCAGGCCCGGCUGCAUGACCUGCUCUAUAUAGAAGAGAUCGCUCAGUACAAGGAAGUCAGCAAGUUCAACAUCAAGGCGAACCUUCAGCUGGUAACCAGCUUCAUGCUAACUGGCAUCUCUGUCGGAGCCAAGUAUGCUCAGAACGGACAGCUCUUUGCACGCUUCAAACUCACUGAAACACUUUCUGAGGACACUCUGGCGGGGAGACUAGUAAUGACCAAGGUGAACUCAGUUCUGCUGCUUCCGUUGGGACGUGAAGGCUUCGGCGGUCAGGCUCCUUCUGGUGUCAAAGAGCGCGUCUAUGAGGCUGUGAUUGAGGAGAAGACCAAGGAUUACAUCUUCCUGAGGAUUUGCAAGAGCUGCUGUGAGGAGCUGAUGCUGCUGCCCGACAGAGAAAUACAGGUGGAGCUCCAGUUUCAGCUCAACAGACAGCCACUGUGCGAGAUGCACUACGCCCUGGAUCGCAUCAAAGACAACACCAUCCUUUUCCCCGAUGUUAGCCUUGUCCCCACCAUCCCCUGGAGCCCAAACAGGCAGUGGGAUGAGCAGCUGGACCCCCGUCUGAAUGCCAAGCAGAAAGAGGCCGUCCUGGCCAUCACCACGCCCAUCUCCAUCUCUCUUCCCCCAAUCCUCAUCAUCGGGCCUUAUGGUACUGGCAAGACCUUCACCCUGGCGCAGGCUGUCAAACACAUCCUUCGCCAGGACAACAGCAGGGUCCUGAUCUGCACUCAUUCCAACAGCGCCGCUGACCUUUACAUUAAAGACUAUCUUCAUCCAUAUGUCGAAGCAGGCAACGAGCACGCCAGACCUCUCAGGGUAUAUUUCAGGAACCGCUGGGUGAAGACCGUCCACCCUGUGGUCCAGCAGUACUGUCUCAUCUCCAGCACACAGGUCACUUUCCAGAUGCCCACAAGGGAGGACAUCCUCAGGCACCGUGUUGUCGUGGUCACACUCAGCACCUCCCAGUACCUCUGCCAGCUGGAUUUGGAGCCUGGGUUGUUUACCCAUAUCCUGUUGGAUGAAGCAGCUCAGGCCAUGGAGUGUGAAACCAUCAUGCCUUUUCCUCUCGCUAGCAAGACCACCCGCAUCGUGCUGGCUGGGGACCAUAUGCAGCUCAGUCCAUUUGUGUACAGCGAGUUUGCACGGGAACGUAACCUGCACGUGUCACUGCUGGACCGGUUGUACGAGCACUACCCCCCUGAAUUCCCCUGUCGCAUCCUCCUGUGCGAGAACUACCGCUCCCAUGAAGCUAUCAUCAACUACACAUCCGAGUUGUUUUACGACGGGAAGCUAAUCGCAAGUGGAAAGCAGCCAUGCCAUAAGGAUUUCUACCCGCUGACCUUCUUCACAGCCAGAGGAGAAGAUGUCCAGGAGAAGAACAGCACUGCCUACUACAACAAUGCGGAGGUGUUUGAGAUCGUGGAGCGGGUGGAAGAGCUGCGUAAGAAGUGGCCGGUUGCUUGGGGCAAGCUGGACGAGGGCAGCAUCGGGGUGGUGUCGCCGUACGCCGAUCAAGUUUUCCGCAUUCGCGCUGAACUCCGAAAGAAAAGAAUGCACGAGGUCAGCGUCGAGAGGGUGCUUAAUGUCCAAGGCAAGCAGUUCCGGGUGCUGUUCCUCAGCACAGUGCGGACACGGCAUACCUGCAAGCACAAGCAGACCGCCAUCAAACGCAAAGAGCAGCUAGUGGAGGAUUCGACCGAGGACCUUGACUAUGGUUUUCUGUCAAACUACAAGCUGCUCAACACGGCCAUCACCAGAGCGCAGUCCCUGGUGGCAGUUGUAGGAGACCCCAUAGCACUGUGCUCUGUUGGACGCUGCAGAAAAUUUUGGGAGCACUUCAUUUCCAUCUGCCAUGAAAACUCUAGCCUCCAUGGCAUCACCUUCGAGCAGAUCAAGGCUCAGCUGGAGGCUCUGGAGCUCAAGAAGACUUAUGUCCUCAACCCGUUGGCCCCCGAGUUCAUUCCGCGGGCCCUCAGGCCCCUUCAGGGACACCAGUCUUCGUCGCAGGGCCUUCAUCCCCACCAUCAUCCACAUCCUCAGCAUGUUCUGCCUGCUUCCAACAAGCAGGCUGCGCAACAUCACCACCAACAGCAGCAGCAGCAGCAGUCCCCUCCAAAGGGGAAACAGGCGAACCACACAGAGCACCUCCCACCUGAUGGGUAUGUGCAAUCCAGCCCUGCGGUGUUGAUGGGAAAUCCUAUCCGGGCCUUCACGCCGCCUUUGGGUGCUGCACCAGCUGGCAUAGGGAAGUCGCCCAGCCCUGUGCAGCGGAUCGAUCCCCACACAGGAGCCAGCAUCCUCUAUGUCCCAGCUGUGUACGGAGGAAACAUGGUCAUGCCCAUGCCUCUGCCGUUGCCUUGGCCAGGUUAUCAGAACCGCUUCGCCGUGGAUCCUCGCAUCAUGAGUCACCCGGCAGCCAUGGCCUACAACCUAAAUCUGCUGCAGCCACAGAACCGAGGCUCUCCCGUCCCUUACAGCGGCGUCGCCCACCCCUCUCCUUUAGGGAUGGCCCAGCCCAGCCCUGAGAAGGACCUGCAGGCUGACCUCGCCAGGAACGGUAAAGUAGAUGGCUGCACAAAGGCUGAGCAGACCCGUCUUCAGACGCCAGAAAGGAAAAACACAGACAUGAGGGAAAAACAGGGAGAUUUAGACACAGGUCAAAACCGCAGUUUAGAUUCCCAAACAGAGGGGCUAGUUGGAUUUCCUAAUGCUCUGCUUCACCGAAAAGACCCCUCGGCUACCCAAAGAUCCCUCAACUACCACCUGGCGCCCCCCAGCCCAGCGUUUCCUCCGCAUCAUGCCAGUGGAAGAACCUUCCCCCAGCAGUAUCCCAUUCCCAGACUUCCCUAUCGGGUCAGCCAGCCUCCACAUCCAGGAAUGCCCCAACAGAAUCAUCAGCAACAGCUCAGUCCUGCCUUCACCGGUGGAAGCCACGCUUCCUUCUUCAGCGGCUCCAUACCCAGUCACAGAUCCAUGCAGUCGCCCACUGUGGACGGGGCAGAGUCUGCGGGGCCAGAGGAGAUGAGCAGCACCAUUAGGACUCAUAUGGGCCACCCAGUGGGGCAGCACCCAGGCCUGCCGCAGCACAACAGGGUCAGCAACUUUGGGGAGGAUGGACAGGAUGGAGGUCUGGUAGACAGUUUAGAUCUGGAGAGUCCCCUGGCUCUAGAGGCCCUGAGCCAGCAGCAUCAGCAACAGCAGGCAGCCCGGCUGGGCCAGUGGGGGGAAGCUGCAGGCCCUUUCCUCCAGGGCAGUGUCGCCUUUCCUCUGCCCCAACAGCUCGCCCACCUCGCCCAGUCUGGCAUGGCUCGCUUUCCUCCUCAGCUGCUGCGGGCUGCCACCUGGGGGCUCAGUGCCAAUAUUGAUGAGGAGGCGGUUUCUUCGGCCACUGCAGGGCCAACGUGCUCCAGGUACCCAGGCCUUUUGAGAGAGAUGCCCCCCCAGGAGCAUCCGGAACCUAGGGAGGCAACAGAAGUGCAACCCCCGCCUCAGUCCCGCCUGCUCCAGUAUCGACAGUCUCAGUCCCGUGCCUCUGGAGACCCCUCAUCCUCUCUAGCUCCCCUGUCCAAUCACGCUGGCCCCUUUCCUUCUGGACUCUAUUCUCAUGAAACCGGUCGCAAUCUUCUCAACGAAAAUCUUCUCAACAAUCAAGCCCUGCAGCAACAACACCCAGGGAACCCCCUGUACAACACCAGUAGCUACCCAAAUCAGCCACCGGCUCAGUCCGGCAGCCCUCCCCCAUCACAAGUCAAAUAUCUUCUGCAAGAAGCCCAGUGGCCCCACAGCGGGCCUGCGUCUGCAUCACAGCAGAACCACCUUUUAGGGAACCAGAGCCAUAGCCUUCUUUAUGGACUGCCCAUCAUGGCUCACCCCAGCAGGCAGGAGCAAGUGCUGAUGCAACUUCAUCACCACCAGCAGCAGCAGCAGCAGCAGCAACAACAACAGCAACAACAACAACAACAGCAGCAGCAACAGCAACAAAAUCAAGGCCCAGACACGGAGUCCUACCACCCACUGUCCCCUAGAACAUCAGCAGCUGCAGCCCUUCACAGUGUAGAUGAGUAUGAACCGAGAGGUCCAGGCCGGCCCCUCUAUCAGCGCCGCAUCUCCUCCAGCUACCCAGAUGAAUCAUCUCCAGCCAACAGCCUCAGUGCCCACCCCUGUCAGCCAGAACCCCAGGAUCAUCCGCAAAUGCAGCAUCAGCAGCAGCACCCCCCGCACGGCUCCUACAGCUACCCCUCCCACGACCACCUCUGGCCCAGUAACGGCGGGGGUCCAGGUCCAUUUCAGAACAUUCCAUGUAACGGAGCCAGCACACUAGUUCAGCAUCGCGACCUUCUUGCUUCCAAGGUCCAUCGGCAGACAGACGAGCAGGUAAAGGCCGAGCCCGCAGCAGCGCAGCAGGCGCACCCACACAACCUCAACUCCCUUCAGCACCAGUUCCCCCCACUCAUGCCCAACAAAAAGCAGCCGCCCCCACCGCCGCCGCCCCCGCCGCAGCCUCCAGCAGAGCCCACCCCGGGGGCUCCGAAUUUAACAAAGCCACCUACCAUGUCCUACGCCAGUGCCCUCCGAGCUCCCCCCAAACCGAGGGCCGUUCGCCCCGAACAGGCGAAGAAGAACAGCGACCCGCUCUCCCUUCUCCAGGAGCUGAGUAUCGGAAGCUCAAACGGUAGCAAUGGUUAUUAUUCUUACUUUAAAUGAGAGUCACCUCUCCCACAUAGUAAGUAAAACAAACAAACAAAAACUAAAAAAAAAAAAAAAAAAAAAAAAAAAAAAAGGUAAAAAGUUUCUUAAAAUAAAAAAAAAUAGUGAAAAGUGCAUUUAAAGGAUUGUUUCUAAUAGAUUUAGAUUUUUAUUUUUCAUUUUAUUUUAACUCCUUGUUUUUUUUUUUUUUUCUUCUCCUGACAUAUCUGUGAAGAAGUCAGUAUAUAUAUAGCAAAUUACUGGUUUAUAUAUACAUACUCAUUAUGUAUAUAUGAAUAUAUACUUAUAUUAACUACACUUGUACAUGUACGUAAUGCUUAAAAACACAAAAAUCUCCCCAAAAAAAACAACCAAAAAAAAUUUUAAAAAUGAAAGAACAAAAAAAAAAGAAGACUUGGUUGACCACUUAGCUAUCUGCUUAGUUUCCCUGCUUAAGUUGGUCUCUUUAAAUCCAAUCUAACUCCUAACUACUGUUCUUUUUCGACAACUUUUCUUUUUUUUUCUUUUUUUUUUUUCUGUAAGUGAACACUGGGAGUUCCCACCGCUGCAGUCGUCGUAAUGCAUGAAAGCUAAGUGGUCGACUGAGCGAAGCCGAAAGGAUCAGUGUAUAGAAGUAGAUGCAUUUUCCUCUAAACUGUACAGACAAAGAAAUUAAAAGACUGAACUGUAUUCCACAAGAAUCCUGUUAGUAUUUGCAUUACAAGUUUUUUUUUUUUUUGUUUGUUUUUUUUGUUUUCAUUUCUUAGUCAUCAUGACCAUAAAUAAUCUUUGGUGAUUUAGUGAUUAAAUGUGAUUAUUUAUAGAAAGGAAAAAAAAAAUAAAAAAUACAAACUUUUCACCAGGAUCCCAUCGGGAGGAGUACAGGGUGUAGACGUCCGUUGAACAGCUUUCAUUCCUCCUCUGUCGGCUUCACGCGCCAUUUUUAAGUGAUGAUAUGAACUGCUCUGCUUCCUUUUUACUUUUUUUUUUUUUUUUUUUUAAUUUUUAACAGUUUUAACGUUGACAUUACUUUAAACUCUUGGCUGUAUUUAAAUGUAAAAUCUGUCCCUGACAUAUUUUUCCAAACAUUAAAUUUGAAUUGUGUGGUAAGACGUUUGCAGUAAUCGGAUGGUUUGUGUAUGUGAACAGAGAGGCGCUGAGGUCUGAGCGAGGUCAGAACUACUGUGGGCUCAAUACAUGCAGUAAACAGGUUUUUGAACACACAAAAAGGAAAACACCCGAGGAGUAAAAGAGGAAAGUGAUCGAGUGC